AUGUCCCUCUACUUUUUUGCAACUUCUCAAUCUCACUCUUCUUCCUUUACAACUUUUCAAUCACCCUCUUGUUUAUUUAAAACUUGUCAAUCUCCAUCUUCUUUAAUUAAACCUUCUCAAUCUUCCUCUUCUCUCUUUACACCUUCUCAAUCCCACUCUUCUCUCUUUACACCUUCUCAAUCUACCUCUUCUCUCUUUACUCCUUCUCAAUCUUCCUAUUCUCUCUUUACACCUUCUCAAACUCUCUCGUCUCCUUUUACACCUUCUCAAACUCACUCUCCUCUCUUUACACCACUCAAUUUCUCUCCUCACUUUACACCUUCUCAAUCUCCAUCUUCUAUCUUUACAACUUCUCAAUUUCUCCUUUAUCUCUUUACACCUUCUCAAUCUACCUCUUCUCUCUUUACACCUUCUCAAGCCCCCUCUUCUCUCUUUACAACUUCUCAAUCUCCCUCUUCUCUCUUUGCACCUUCUCAAUCUUUCUCUUCUCACUUUACACCUUCUCAACCUCCCUCUUCUCACUUUACACCUUCUCAACCUCCCUCUUCUCUCUUUGCAACUUCUCAAUCUACCUCUUCUCUCUUUACAACUUCUCAAUCUCCCUCUUCUCUCUUUGCACCUUCUCAAUCUUUCUCUUCUCACUUUACACCUUCUCAACCUCCCUCUUCUCUGUUUACACCUUCUCAAUCUACCUCUUCUCUCUUUACACCUUCUCAAUCUCCCUCUUCUCUCUUUACACCUUCUCAAUCUACCCCUUCUCUCUUUACAUCUUCUCAAUCUACCUCUUUUCUCUAUACUCCUUCUCAAUCUCCCUUCUCUCUUUACACCUUCUCAAUGUCCCUCUACUCUCUUUACACCUUCUUGAUCUCCCUCUUCUCUCUUUACACCUUCUCAACCCCCUCUUCUCUCUUUACACCUUCUCAAUCUCCCUCUUCUCUCUUUACACCUUCUCAACCCCCUCUUCUCUCUCUUUGCACCUUCUCAAUCUCCCUCUUCUCUCUUUACACCUUCUCAAUCUCCCUCUUCUCUCUUUACACCUUCUCAAUCUCCCUCUUCUCUCUUUGCACCUUCUCAAUCUCCCUCUUCUCUCUUUACACCUUCUCAAUCUACCUCUUCUCUCUUUACACCUUCUCAAUCUCCCUCUUCUCUCUUUACACCUUCUCAAUCUACCUCCUCUCUCUUUAUAUUCAAUUCAUCUUAUCUCUCUCUCUCUCUCUCUCUCUCUCUCUCACUAUCUAUCUAUCUAUCUAUCUAUCUAUCUAUCUAUCUAUCUAUCUAUCUAUCCCAGUUUUUUCUGAUCUAUCUAUCUAUCUAUCCCUGUUUUUUCCCAUCUAUCUAUCUAUCUAUCUAUCUAUCUAUCUAUCUAUCUAUCUAUCUAUCCCAGUCUUUUCUGAUCUAUCUAUCUAUCUAUCUAUCAAUCUAUCUAUCUAUCUAUCUAUCUAUCCCAGUCUUUUUCCCAUCUAUCUAUCUAUCUAUCUAUCUAUCUAUCUAUCUAUCUAUCUAUCUAUCCCAGUUUUUUCUGAUCUAUCUAUCUAUCUAUCUAUCUAUCUAUCUAUCUAUCUAUCUAUCACUGUCUUUUUCCCAUCUAUCUAUCUAUCUAUCUAUCUAUCUAUCUAUCUAUCUAUCUAUCUAUCUAUCUAUCUAUCUAUGCCAGUCUUUUCUGAUCUAUCUAUCUAUCUAUCUAUCUAUCUAUCUAUCUAUCUAUCUAUCUAUCCCUGUCUUUUCCCAUCUAUCUAUCUAUCUAUCUAUCUAUCUAUCUAUCUAUCUAUCUAUCUAUCCCAGUCUUUUCUGAUCUAUCUAUCUAUCUAUCUAUCUAUCUAUCUAUCUGUCUGUCUAUCUAUCUAUCUAUCUAUCUAUCUAUCCCAGUCUUUUCCUAUCUAUAUUUAUCUAUCUAUCUCAUUCUUAAUUUUAUACUUCCUUUCUUUUUUUUAA